AUGGGGCAUCAGGUGAUAAUAUUUGACUUUUCUCUAAUAAGAGGACUGUGGGAAACUCGAGUUAAGAAGAACAAAGAACGUCAGAGGAAGGAGAAAGAAAGAUUAGAAAAAAGCGCUUUGGAGAAGACAUACCUGAAGAAUGGCUUUGUAGACACCGAUGAGAAGAUAUUGGACAAUUAUGGAAAGUCUCCUCAGCUCCAGAAGAGGCAGGCUUUGUCAGAUGAAGCAAAUAAGGAAGGAAACAAAUUUAUUUUUCAGCUUUCUGGAGAGCAGUGGAUGGAAUUCCCAGAUUCUCUGAAAGAACAAACCUACCUGAAAGAAUGGCACGUGAACAAUACAUUGAUACAAACCAUUCCAGCCUACAUUGCAUUAUUUCAAGAUCUGAAAGUAUUGGAGUUGUCAAAAAAUCAAAUCAACCAUCUCCCAGUAGAGAUUGGCUGCUUAAAAAACCUGAAAGUGCUCAAUGUGAGUUUCAAUAAUUUGAAGUCAGUCCCUCCAGAACUGGGGGAUUGUGAGAAUCUGGAAAAACUGGAUUUGUCUGGAAAUAUGGAAAUAACAGAGCUCCCAUUUGAACUAAGUAACCUGAAACAAGUCACAGUUGUGGAUGUGUCAGCAAACAAGUUCCAUUCUAUUCCGAUUUGUGUACUCCGGAUGUCUAAUUUGCAGUGGUUGGACAUUAGCAGCAACAACCUGAAAGAUCUCCCAGAAGACAUAGACAGGUUAGAUCAACUGCAGACGCUUCUCCUACAGAAAAACAAGUUGACUUAUCUUCCACGAGCUCUGGUCAAUAUGCCAAAACUCAGUUUGCUAGUUGUCAGUGGUGAUGACCUGGUUGAGAUGCCCACAGCUGUCUGUGAGUCAACCACAGGUUUAAAAUUCGUAAGUCUCAAGGACAGUCCAGUUGAAACUAUCGUAUGUGAAGACACUGAAGAAAUUAUAGAAAGUGAACGUGAACGGGAGCAAUUUGAGAAAGAAUUUAUGAAAGCAUACAUUGAAGACCUAAAGGAAAGGGAUUCUGCUCCUUCCUACACUACAAAAGUAUUACUCAGUCUUCAGCUCUGA